GACACGGGCCGCAUGCGCGCGCUGCGCAGCCUUGUGAGUUCUUUCCAGCAUGGCUGCCAUAGGAGUUCAUUUCGGGUAUACCUGCGCGUGUGCUGCUAUAUUUAAGGACGGGCGGGCUGAUGUGGUGGCCAACGACGCCGGGGACCGAGUGACUCCGGUUGUGGUGAGCUACAGAGCGACCGAGCAGGUCGUCGGCAUCGCAGCAAAGCAGGGACAGGUCCGCAACGCCGCCAACACGGUCGUCAAAGUGAAACAAGUGCUGGGGAGGAGCUUUGACGAUCCGGAGACCCAAGCCCACAAAACAGAGACCAAGUGUCAGGUGGUCAACCGACGGGAGAAGCCGUACUACGAGAUCACAGCGGGGGAACACCCAGCGUACGUCUCUCCAGAGGAUGUCGCGAAACUCAUCUUCCACAAAAUGAAAGAAACGGCUCAGUCGGCUCUCGGCUCCGAUGUCACGGAGGCCGUCAUCACCGUCCCCUUCGAGUUUGCAAACGCUCAGAAGCGCGCGUUGAGGGCGGCGGCCGAAGCUGCAGGCUUCCACGUGCUGAGGCUGAUCCACGAGCCCGCCGCGGCCAUGUUGGCCUACAACAUCGGGCAGGACUGUUCUUCUGGAAAGAGCCACGUCCUCGUGUACAAGCUGGGCGGGACGUCCCUCAGCGUGACGGCGCUGCAGGUCAACGGCGGCGUGUUCCGGGUCCUCAGCACGCACACCGACAACAGCGUCGGAGGGGAGAGCUUCACCGAGGCCUUGGCCCAGCACCUCGCCACCGAAUUCAAACGCACCUUCAAGCACGACGUGAGAACCAACGCCAGGGCGAUGAUGAAGCUGAUGACCGGAGCGGACAUGGCCAAACACACUCUGUCCACGCUGGAGUCGGCCAACUGCUUCGUGGACUCGCUGCACGACGGCAUCGACUUUGAGUGCACAGUGUCCAGAGCUCGGUUUGAGCUGCUCUGCUGCGCCCUCUUCAACAAGAGCAUCCAGCCAAUCGGACCCCUGCUGGAGGAGGCGGGACUUUCCACCAAAGACAUUAACCAGGUGGUUCUCUGCGGCGGCUCAGGCAGGAUCCCUCGCCUCCAGCAGAUGAUCCGCGAGGCGGUUCCGGACGUGGAGCUCCUGAGCUCGGCGCCUCCCGAUGAGGUCAUCGCCAUGGGAGCGGCCCUGGAGGCGGGCCUACUGGUGGGCAGGGACAACCUCGCCCCCGAGGAGGAGUCCGUCACCGUGGACGUCUCCGCCGCGGACAUACUGGUGAAGGAGGCGGACGACUCCGGAGCCGAGGUGUUCACGGUGCUGCUUCCGUCGGGCACGCCGCUCCCCGCCCGCAGGCACCACGUCCUGAGCGGGGGGGGGAAGCUGUCCUCCCUCUGCCUGGAGAUCUACCAGAGGGGCGCCACGGAGCAGCCGGAGAAGCUCGCCACGAUCGUCCUGAGGGACCUGCAGCCCAGAGAGGAGAACCGCAACAUCGACACUGUGGUGACCAUGAAAAGGGACGGCUCGGUUCACGUGUCGUGCGUCGACCAGAGCAGCGGGAGGCCAGAGGUCGUCGCCAUAGCAGCCGCGUCGUGAGGCCGCCGCCGGUCCGUCUGCAGCACAAACCGCACGCCGCCUCUGCAAAUGUUGAGCUUUCUACCCACUCAAUAAACAUAAGUGAACUCAAACCAUA